UCGUGAAGAUAUCAAAUACAAUGGCUGGAAUGGUUGGUUAGGCAUAUAAGCACACGUCCAGCAACCAAAUUAAGUAAAGGUUGUGUGUUCGAAUCUCAUCAUGGACAACUUUUGUAUUUGAGCUAAUUAGCAACUUUGCAACUACUUACUACUUUUUAGUUACUUUGCAACUACUUAGCAUGUUAGCUAACCCUUACGCUAAUCCUAGCCAUUUGUACUUAAUGCAAUUCGUAACAUGUAACUCGUAACAUAUCAUACGAAAUGGUUGAUGGAUAUCCACAAAUGAAUACAUACUAUACGAAAUGUAACAUAUUAUACUAUAGAUUCUCAGAUUUACUUACUGAAUAAUACGAAAUGCUCUGAGACCACGUUGCAACUGUCUGUAAACCAGACAGUUAUACCUUCGAUUGUAUCAGUGAUGUGUGCGGACAAAGUACAGAGGAAACCUCUGCGGCUCAUCGCCGCUGCGUGCAACAACAUGGGAAUAGGACAAAAUGGACAGUUGCCAUGGCAUUUACCAUGUAACUGUUUCAAAUGUAGGCUAUUUAAAAGCCAGCAUUACAAAUUACACAAUUGCGUGAUUGUUAGCAUUAUUCAACCCCUCUGUGAGCUGGUGGAGACCAUCUGGGUGGUGGGUGGCCCACAGGUCUAUCAGGAGGUCCUGAUGCAUCCCUGGUGUGACCUUGUCUACCUCACUGACAUCAUGGCUGACUUCCACUGUGAUGUCUUCUUCCCGCAGUUUGACCAAAGCAUUUUUAGAAAACAAGAGGUGAGGAAGUUUCCUGGAGUACCAAAUGAGAUUCAAGAGGACAAUGGGGUUACAUUUAAAUUUGAAGUUUUCAAGAGGGAGAUCUGUGGAGCUGAAUAAAUACAAACAUUCUGACUAUUCUUUGUCAGACCUUCAGUGCCUUUUUUAACUGGCAUUGUGGAUUGAGAUGUUAUGUUGAUGUCGGUUUCUACUCAUGUAUAUCCUGUUUUAUUUUUAUGAUGUUUAUUCAGAUCUACUAGUGAAACUAACAUAAAAUGUAGUGAAGAACUGUAUGAAUGCACUAAACAAUGUUUACUACACCACAUACAAU